AUGCAGAAGUACGAGAAACUGGAGAAGAUUGGGGAAGGCACCUACGGAACAGUGUUCAAGGCCAAAAACCGGGAGACUCAUGAGAUCGUGGCUCUGAAACGGGUGAGGCUGGAUGAUGAUGAUGAGGGAGUGCCGAGUUCUGCCCUUCGGGAAAUCUGCCUACUCAAGGAGCUGAAGCACAAAAACAUCGUCAGGCUCCACGACGUUCUGCACAGCGACAAGAAGCUGACUUUGGUUUUUGAGUUCUGUGACCAGGACCUUAAGAAGUAUUUCGACAGCUGCAAUGGUGACCUAGAUCCUGAAAUUGUGAAGUCGUUCCUCUUCCAGCUGCUAAAAGGCCUGGGAUUCUGUCACAGCCGAAACGUGCUACACAGGGACCUGAAGCCUCAGAACCUGCUCAUAAACAGGAAUGGGGAGCUGAAAUUGGCUGAUUUCGGUUUGGCUCGCGCCUUUGGGAUCCCUGUUCGCUGUUACUCAGCUGAGGUGGUCACGCUGUGGUACCGCCCACCGGAUGUCCUCUUUGGGGCCAAGCUGUACUCCACGUCCAUUGACAUGUGGUCGGCGGGCUGCAUCUUCGCAGAGCUGGCCAACGCGGGGCGGCCCCUGUUUCCUGGCAACGACGUAGAUGACCAGCUGAAGCGGAUCUUCCGGCUGCUGGGGACACCGACUGAGGAGCAGUGGCCCGCCAUGACCAAGCUGCCAGACUAUAAGCCCUACCCGAUGUACCCAGCCACAACGUCCCUGGUGAACGUCGUGCCCAAGCUCAGUGCCACAGGGAGGGACCUGCUGCAGAACCUCCUGAAGUGUAACCCGGUCCAGCGCAUCUCAGCAGAAGAGGCCCUGCAGCACCCCUACUUCUCUGACUUCUGCCCCCCCUAG